CCUAGCAUAAUUUGGUGCUGCUGAGCUUCUGAGGGACUAAACUGAAGGAUUCUCUUUCCUGAGGUCGUAUGUUUCUCAAAAUGGGAAAAUUAUUUUCCAGCCCUACACUUGCGUUCCUGGCCUACGUGGAUACUCACCAGCUGGUUGUGUCCAUCAUUGCAGCCAAGUCUGAGAAUUCCUGAUUAUACUUAGAGCCUGUGGAGCUGCUGACACAAACAGUCAUUAGCAGACGACCCUUUUGCCACCAACUAUGCUUUAAAAUGUAAACCGUGGAGGCAUUUUCCUUGUGUUGUCCAGAAGGAACUUUGUCCUGCGUGAGCCUGGAUUAAUCAUGAGAGAGCUCGUCAACAUUCCACUGGUACAUAUUCUUACUCUGGUCGCCUUCAGCGGAACUGAGAAACUUCCAAAAGCUCCUGUCAUCACCACUCCUCUUGAAACAGUGGAUGCCUUAGUUGAAGAAGUGGCUACUUUCAUGUGUGCAGUGGAAUCCUACCCCCAGCCUGAGAUUUCCUGGACUAGAAAUAAAAUUCUCAUUAAGCUCUUUGACACCCGGUACAGCAUCCGGGAGAAUGGUCAGCUCCUCACCAUCCUGAGUGUGGAAGAUAGUGAUGAUGGCAUUUACUGCUGCACAGCCAACAAUGGUGUGGGAGGAGCUGUGGAGAGUUGUGGAGCCCUGCAAGUGAAGAUGAAACCUAAAAUAACUCGUCCUCCCAUAAACGUGAAAAUAAUAGAGGGAUUAAAAGCAGUCCUACCAUGUACGACAAUGGGCAAUCCCAAACCAUCAGUGUCUUGGAUAAAGGGAGACAGCCCUCUCAGGGAAAACUCCCGAAUUGCAGUUCUUGAAUCUGGGAGCUUGAGGAUUCAUAAUGUACAAAAGGAAGAUGCAGGACAGUAUCGUUGUGUGGCGAAAAACAGCCUUGGGACAGCAUAUUCCAAAGUGGUGAAGCUGGAAGUUGAGGCUCUUAAUAUCACAAAUGCCACAGAGAGAGAAGAAAGGGAACCUGAACAAGAUACUAAAGUUUUUGCCAGGAUCCUGCGGGCUCCUGAAUCCCACAAUGUCACCUUUGGCUCCUUUGUGACCCUGCAUUGUACAGCAACAGGCAUUCCUGUCCCCACCAUCGCCUGGAUUGAAAACGGAAAUGCUGUUUCUUCUGGGUCCAUUCAAGAGAGUGUGAAAGACCGAGUGAUUGACUCAAGACUGCAACUGUUUAUCACCAAGCCAGGACUCUACACAUGUAUAGCUACCAAUAAGCAUGGAGAGAAGUUCAGUACUUCCAAGGCUGCCGCCACCAUUAGCAUAGCAGAAUGGAGUAAACCACAGAAAGAUAACAAAGGCUACUGCGCCCAGUACAGAGGGGAGGUGUGUAAUGCAGUCCUGGCAAAAGACGCUCUUGUUUUCCUCAACACCUCCUAUGCGGACCCUGAGGAGGCCCAAGAGCUACUGGUCCACACUGCCUGGAAUGAACUGAAAGUAGUGAGCCCACUCUGCCGGCCAGCUGCUGAGGCUUUGUUGUGUAACCACAUCUUCCAGGAGUGCAGUCCUGGAGCAGUGCCUACUCCUACUCCCAUUUGCAGAGAAUACUGCUUGGCAGUAAAGGAGCUCUUCUGUGCAAAAGAAUGGCUGGCAAUGGAAGAGAAGACCCACAGAGGACUCUACAGAUCCGAGAUGCAUUUGCUGUCUGUGCCAGAAUGCAGCAAGCUUCCCAGCAUGCACUGGGAUCCCAUGGCCUGUGCCAGACUGCCACAUCUAGAUUAUAACAAAGAAAACCUAAAAACAUUCCCACCAAUGACAUCCUCAAAGCCAAGUGUGGACAUUCCAAAUUUGCCUUCCUCCUCCUCUUCUUCCUUCUCUGUCUCACCUACAUACUCCAUGACUGUAAUAAUCUCCAUCAUGUCCAGCUUUGCAAUAUUUGUGCUUCUUACCAUAACUACUCUCUAUUGCUGCCGAAGAAGAAAACAAUGGAAAAAUAAGAAAAGAGAAUCAGCAGCAGUAACCCUCACUACACUGCCUUCUGAGCUCUUGCUAGAUAGACUUCAUCCCAACCCCAUGUACCAGAGGAUGCCGCUCCUUCUGAACCCUAAAUUGCUCAGCCUGGAGUAUCCAAGGAAUAACAUUGAAUACGUGAGAGACAUCGGAGAGGGAGCGUUUGGAAGGGUGUUUCAAGCAAGGGCACCAGGCUUACUUCCCCAUGAACCUUUCACUAUGGUGGCGGUAAAGAUGCUCAAAGAAGAAGCCUCAGCAGAUAUGCAAGCGGACUUUCAGAGGGAGGCAGCCCUCAUGGCAGAAUUUGACAAUCCUAACAUUGUGAAACUCUUAGGCGUGUGUGCUGUCGGGAAGCCGAUGUGCCUGCUCUUUGAAUACAUGGCCUAUGGAGACCUCAAUGAGUUCCUCCGCAGCAUGUCCCCUCACACCGUGUGCAGCCUCAGCCACAGUGACUUGUCUAUGAGGGCUCGGGUCUCCAGUCCUGGACCCCCACCCCUCUCCUGUGCUGAGCAGCUUUGCAUUGCCAGGCAGGUGGCCGCUGGCAUGGCUUACCUCUCAGAACGUAAGUUUGUUCACCGAGAUUUAGCCACCAGGAACUGCCUGGUGGGUGAGAACAUGGUGGUGAAAAUUGCUGACUUUGGCCUCUCCAGAAACAUCUACUCAGCAGACUACUACAAAGCUAAUGAAAACGAUGCUAUCCCUAUCCGUUGGAUGCCGCCAGAGUCCAUUUUUUAUAACCGCUAUACUACAGAGUCUGAUGUGUGGGCCUAUGGUGUUGUCCUUUGGGAGAUCUUCUCCUAUGGCCUGCAGCCCUACUAUGGGAUGGCCCAUGAGGAGGUCAUUUACUACGUGCGAGAUGGCAACAUCCUCUCCUGCCCUGAGAACUGCCCCAUGGAGCUGUACAAUCUAAUGCGUCUGUGUUGGAGCAAGCUGCCUGCAGACAGACCCAGUUUCGCCAGUAUUCACCGAAUUCUGGAACGCAUGUGUGAGAGGGCAGAGGGAACUGUGAGUGUCUAAGGUUGAAGGUGUUCAAAUAAAAUGCUGCAGUUUCCUCUCAGACUCUGUGAGCCAGGGGAAUCCUACACCAGAGGCCCAACAAGACCCACAUAGGAAAAAGUAAGAGUAGAGAUGAGUACCCUGUUGUGUGUUUCCCAGGAAGAGCAAAGACAGUGCAAAACCUGUGUGGUAGACGGACCCAUUGAAAGUCAGUGAUUGGAAACACAGGCUAGGAAAUGUGUCAGAUAAUGGA